AUGCCAGCCUUCAAAGACAUGCUGGUGUUUGCAGCACUCGUUACCAUUUUGGGGCAGAGCCAGUGUCAAAAAUUACCAAGUUUUGAUCUGCUGGAGGAGUUUCAUGUGUCCGGGUCUAAAGGAGUGAAGAGAGUGGACGGAUCUCAGCCUGAGGCGGUGGCCUAUCGAGUCAACCCUUCAAUUCAUCUACGGAAGACCAUGAGUGAUGUGUAUCCAGAUGGACUUCCCUCCAACUACUCUGUCAUCGCAACAUUCAAAGUCACCAAAGAUGUUGCUAAGAAAUCCUGGGACCUGUGGCAGGUCAGUGACCCCGAGGGACGAGAGCAAGUGGGCCUGCGCUUCCAUGGAAAUACACGCUCUUUAGACUUCUUCUACAGCAGCCCCCAUGGGAGCCAGAUGCUGAGGACCUUUCACGGUGUGGAGAAGUUGUUUGACGGAGAGUGGCACAAGUUGGCGCUGAGCGUGAAGGGCAGCCAGGUGAAGCUGCUGAUAGACUGUGAGGAGGUCAGUGUGGAGUCCAUUGACAAGGAGAGACCGGUCAUUCAGCAAGGGUUCACGUCUAUAGUGAAGCGGGCUGCAGGAGACCGUUCGACAUCUGUGGAUCUCCAGCAGAUGGAUGUGUCAUGUGACCCGGAGCAGGCUUAUUCAGAGGGCUGCUGUGAGCUCUCUAAUGUGUGUGGAGGGUAUGCAGAAAUUGGCCUAACAGCUGGACGAGCGUCUUGCAAAUGCAUGCAUGGACAACCAGGCGUUCAGGGACCCCCAGGGCUAAAGGGUCACAGAGGUCUUCCAGGAGAACCAGGAGACAGAGGGAGACAAGGAAACUGGGGGAUCAGGGGAAACACUGGAGACUACGGCGUCCUGGGGGAGACAGGCCUGAAGGGUGAAGAGGGAAUCAAAGGCGAGAAAGGAAUGAGAGGACUCAGAGGCCGAGUGGGAGACAGAGGUCCAAAGGGGCUGAAAGGAUUAAAAGGGGCGGCAGGCUUCAAGGGAGUUCGGGGGCCACCUGGAGUCAUCGGAGAGACUGGGGAACCAGGAGAAGUUGGCGCUAAAGGCGAGAGAGGAUAUGAUGGGAUUCCUGGGUUUCAAGGAGUUAAGGGACAAAAAGGGACUACAGGUGCAGAGGGGCGUCCUGGACCUGGAGGAAAACAGGGUAUUGUUGGGGAUCCUGGAGAGAGGGGGGCUCCUGGAGAGAAAGGGCAGCCUGGGGUCCCAGGACCUGUGGGCAGAGCUGGCACCAUAGGACCAAAGGGCAUUAUUGGAGAUCCGGGCAUACCCGGAAGAGAUGGUGAUCUGGGAAUAGAGGCUUAUCAAGGACCACAAGGUCCCAGUGGGAAACUUGGAAAAAGUGGCACAAAGGGAGAGAAAGGCACCCUGGGGCCAGCAGGAGAAAUGGGUCUCCAAGGCCAAACUGGCCCAAGAGGUUACAAGGGUUCUGCAGGGAAACCAGGAAGACCCGGAUUUAUCGGCCCACCGGGACCAACUGGACAUGUGGGUGUGCCUGGAAAACAAGGGUCCAAGGGUGACACAGGAAUCCAGGGAAUUAAAGGAGUCAAAGGUGCACAGGGAGGACAAGGAGUCAAGGGACCAAAAGGAAAAGUAGGAGACAGGGGCGAGCAGGGUCCCCAGGGAGGACGGGGGAAGCGCGGGCCGGCGGGCCCACCUGGACGUUCAGGUUCUGUUGGUGUCAAAGGAGUUCGAGGUGAAGGAGGACCAGAUGGCUUUCAAGGGCCUCCAGGUCCACCAGGCCCGACUCUCCCCGCUCAACACGUGAUUGAGGUUUGUAAGAAAGUGGUCCUGGAGCAGAUGUCCACCUUUGCCAACUCAGUGAAGAGGACUUGUGCUGCUGUUUGUCCUCUUUAUGGGGACGUACCCAUGGGUGCACCUGGUCCCCCUGGACAGAAAGGACCCCCCGGACUUCCUGGCGAGCCCGGUAUUGAUGGUGCUGAAGGAGAAGUGGGACUUCAGGGAUUCUACGGCGAGGCUGGAGACCCAGGCCGACAAGGAGAAACAGGUGACAAAGGAGAGCAGGGUGAUAAAGGAGCCAAAGGAUACGGUCUACCUGGCCACCCUGGAGACCAAGGACCACAGGGUCAGCGCGGACGUCAGGGCAGAGCCUUCAACGGGCAGCCAGGAAAGCAGGGUGAGAGGGGACACGUUGGCCGACCUGGACUCAGGGGACACCCGGGUCUCAGAGGACCUCCAGGUGUUUGUCUCACCACAGGGUGUGCUCAGCUGGAACCCCCCAGUGUGCCACCUCAGCCGGCGCCGCGGAGGUUGAGGAAUCGCCAGUAG